AUGGGGCAAUGGUUUUACGCAAAGAAUCGAACGCUUAUAUUAUGCAUGACGAUGUUCGUUCUGUCCACCAGAGUGAUUUGCCUAGAACAGUGUCCUGAAGAAUGUUAUUGCCUUGAUACCCACAUCGACUGUAGUCAUCGCAGUUUAACCGAUGUUCCGUUUUCAUUACCAUCUUGGGCGAUUACGCUAGAACUUCAAGGGAAUUAUAUUGAAAAAAUCUUGCCUACUGCUUUCGUUGGAUUGAGCAGUCUUAUUUCUCUGGAUCUCAGCGAGAAUCAAAUCGGUGGUUUCUCACGUCUUGUUUUCGCCCAUACUCCUCAACUUGAAGCGCUCUUGCUUCGGAAGAAUCGGCUAACUUCGAUUCCGCUUGGGAUUGAAUCUUUAGCGAAUUUGCGUAAACUUGAUCUCAAAGCGAAUAACAUUUCGCAAAUUACGACCAUUGAUGUUUCACGGAUUGCGAAGAUUGACGUAGUCGACUUGAGUCGUAAUGUUUUGCGUGAUUUCCCGCAUUUGCAUGCGUUGCAAGCCGCUAACGCCAAAAUCACAAAAUUAGAUCUCAGCAAUAACCUGUUGGCGUCAUUGCGUUCCGAUACAUUCAUAGCGCUGCAGUCACUUCGAGUUUUGAGGUUAUCACGGAACAAAAUUGAAACCAUCGAAAAAAAUGCUUUCCAGGGACUGUUUGCACUUCGAUUUUUAGAUCUCAGUCGUAAUCGUCUCGCAGUUUUGCAUGCACUGACGUUCAGUUCACUGACAUCUCUUCAAAAUUUGUCACUGACGCGAAAUUUGUUGGAUACACUUGAAGAUGGGACAUUCUGGGGUUUGGAACAGCUUCAGAGGUUGAAUAUUGCCGAAAAUCAAUUGAAGGCAGUCACUGGUGGUUGGCUGUAUGGGAUGCAUUCGCUUACAGCUCUUGAUCUGAGUUCGAACGACGUUGCAUGGAUAGAUUCAUCAGUAUGGUCUCUAUGCUCGACUUUACAGUGGCUUGAUUUGUCUUCGAAUCGUCUUCGUACGCUUCCUUCACUAUUGUUUAAAAAGCUUUCACGUCUGGAAUAUCUCUCAUUAGCUGAUAAUCAAAUAGAUACAAUCCAUCGAAAUGCGAUGCAUGAUUUGGAUAAAUUAAAUUAUCUUGAUCUUUCUGGAAAUGGAUUGGCAAUGUGUGUUGAAGAUGAGUCAGUUCUUGCAAAUACCUCUCUACCAACGUUGCGGACCCUCAAAUUUACUUCUAAUCGAGUUCGAAUAAUUCCAGCACGUGCAUUUGAAAAUUUUCCAGCAUUACAAAAUCUCGAUUUGACGGAUAAUCCUAUUGCUGGCGUGCAGAAUGGUGCAUUUGAAUACCUACACUUGAGACGACUUUUUAUAAAUACUUCAUCUCUUGUUUGUGAUUGUGAGCUGAAGUGGUUUUCGCACUGGCUAUUUUCAUCCAAACUGGAUCGCAAAACCAUAACAAUGUUGUGUUCCUAUCCAGUAGCAUUACGUGGUAUUGAUGUUGCUGUGAUUGAUGAUGCAAAUCUGACAUGUGUUGAUGAUUCGCCCCGUCCUCGAUUGUUGAAUCAUCCCAUCGCAUUAGUGAAAGCGCUACUAGGAACUAGUGUUAAAUUAAAUUGUACUGGUUAUGGUGCUACGCCAUUGGAUAUCAAAUGGAAAGUUAUUCGUGAUGGACGAUUUCGUCUGUUAUCGCAUGAUGCGACAACUAUUUUCGUUUAUAAUCAUUCAUCGGCUACAAACGGCACGGCUACAGGACUUGCAAUGGAAUAUCUUUUUAGUGAAUUGCAACUCAGUGACAUUGAUUUUAGUGAUCAGGCGGAAUAUCAAUGUAUUGUACGGAAUCAUUAUGGCUCGGCAUAUUCUUUGAAAGUGAAAUUAAUGGUCCUGCAAAAACCGCGAAUUCGUUAUUCACCGUCAAAUGUAUCGAUUGUUCGUGGUGGCAGCGCUAGGUUAAGAUGCGCUGCACAAGGUGUUCCGACCCCAGUCAUUAAGUGGAUGAAAGAUGGUGGCGAUUCAUUUCCAGCUGCUGUGGAAAGACGCUUACACGUGAAAGCUAAUGAUGAUAAUUUAUAUGUGGUCAAUGUCUCAUUAGCAGAUACGGGUAUUUAUACGUGUCGUGUAAGCAAUGAAGCUGGACAUGUGGAAAGUUCAGCACACGUUCUUGUUUAUGAUAAAGUCUGGCCACAACUUGAGGAUCGUAAAGUACAUUCCGGAGCGACGGUAAUUUUCAAUUGUUCAAUCAAUAAACAGUUUCGUGUGUCAGUGCAGUGGUUGCGUGAUGGUCAUUUAAUUGACCCCAAUACAGCUUCUUCACGUCUGGCCUUUAAAGCUAGCAAUCAGUUGCUGGUGCUAAGUGAAGCGCGAGCUUCAGACAGUGGCGUUUACGGAUGCGAAUUUAAAGUAGGUAAUGAGGUACUUUCACGGGUGUCCUCGACGUUAGUUGUUGAAAUUGGUGCUGAAGAGGACUGGAACAAGAGACGUGAAGAUAUUGAUAAGAUUUCAAUUGAUAGAAGUUUGCAAUACUCACUUGCUAUUUGCGCCAUCACUUUCCUUUUACUAGCUGCUGGUGUAUGCUCCGUAAUUUUGCUCAUGGGAAAGCGAAAAGACUCAAGGCAGUAUUCUUCUGUAAAGAGUGAUUCGGCUGCAACAACAAUUGAAAAGCAGCCCGCGAGUGAAAGAGAUAGUGGUGUGCUAACGGAAACAACACAAGUUAACAUGGUGGUUUAA